AGUACCGGGGGUUCAGUCCAACCGACCACUAAGAGCCUCUGACAGGGAGCUCCACGGAGGUUGAAGUGAUCCAACCAAGGCAGAGCUGAUGGAGAGGCCGGAGAGCCAGUCUCCUCCCACGACCCUGGAGGGGAGAAAGACGACCCCCCAGGUGGAGGUCAUCAGUGGGGUGACCCUGGCAGACGUGGCGCCCACGGAGGAGGCCGUGGGGAGACCUGCUGCCCUGCCGGAGGACCAGGGGGACGACGAGGUCUUCUACGAGGACGAGGAUGGGGGAGCAGGGCCCCCUGGACCCCCCUGCUCUUUAGAGGAGGCUCAGCCCCCCCGUGAUGCUGACACAGCGUUGGAGCUGGAGCGUCCACAGAUCUCCACCUGGGCAGACCAGCACGGCAGACGUGAUGCUGCAGGAUCUGCAGCCACCACGCUGGCUUCAGAGGAGCCUGGGUCACGGCCCCCAGGACGCUCCCUGGCAGAGCUCCAGACACAACCAGAGCCAGGGGAGGGGACAGGGAACCAGGAAGAUGAUAUGACAUCAUCCCAGCAAAAUCCUACAGAGGAGGAAUCUGAGGAGCUGGAGGUCUUGGAGGACCAGACUGAGGACAGUCAGCAAAACAGCAGCUCGCAGGAGUCCCUGUCCUCCAAGAGCACUCAGUCACUGGGGAGGAAGUAUGGCCACAAGAACUCCUUCAACCAUCACACCCACUCCAGAUACAACACUGUCUCCUACCGCAAGAUCAGAAGAGGCAACACACAGACCAAGAUCAAUGAGUUUGAGUCCAUGAUGAUGAACAUUUGACCCGUCAGACGAACGGUGCAGUCUUUGUGCUUGCUCUCCUGCUGCUGGGGUCGCAACCUGGACUGCAGGGACUGUGUUUGUGCUCAAGACACACCGUAACCAACACCGGUGGGAGACACUGCUGUUGUAACUGUACUGAUGAGAUGUUCUGCUCGUACUGAAGCCAAAGUAAUAAUGUUAAGCAUCCUAAAUGUCACAUUGGGCAGGUGGGUUUGUCACUGCCAUAGAUUAUUGUAUGUAUAGCAAUAGCUUAAUAGAUGGAAAAUAAUUACAAAUAACAGGUUGUAUUAUAGGUACUAAUGUAUUCACGGUGUAGUGCUUUAUUAUUUAUUUGAUAAAAUUGCGGGAAGCAUUCGAUUAUGCAAGGCAGGUAUUUUAUCAGCAGAUUAACUUUAAGAGGGUUGAGGGCCUGUAAUCCGACAAGCGAACAUUAUGACUAAGAUGUUGGCUGUUACCUGCCUAAGAGCUCUUGUAGAGAAUCUGGUGUGAAUGCACUGCAAGCAUGAAUCAUUACGAUAAGUCUUCCAUAAAAACCCUUUUGUGAUGUAUUGUACAGUCAAGCAAAUCCACAUGUGACAAGUUAUAAAUGACACCUUUAUCCAGAGGCUACUCACAUGUCUAAUGAAACAAUAAAGUGAGGAAAAAAAAUGCUUCAUCACAUACAGUGCCCUCCAAAAGUAUUGGAACAGUGAGGCC